AUUAACAACAAAGUGAAACAAGAUGCUGGGUUUGGUGUUAGGAACCAUGAUUCUCGGAUCAAUUCACAUGUUCAUUGACAGACCACGUGCAAACGGCCAAGAGCGCAUGCGAAAACAUAAACAAGGUGGAAGUAUCAUCAUCGCAGCGUGUAUUAUCCUACUUUUGUUCCUACCACAAACACUUGGAGAGGGAAUCUGUCCUGCUGGAAGAGCGUCCAUAUUCAGAAAUGAAAUCAGAUGUGUAGUACAAGAGUUCAAUCCCUUCAAAGCGGAUGACGAUUAUUACUAAGAAGCGAUAUGCAAUUUCCUGAAUCUUCUCAUAUAUAAUUCAAAUAAUGAAUAAAAAUGGGGGUAUUUAUUUGUUUUUGUUUUGUAGUUUAUUAAGUGAUCUACAUUCACUGCGUUGUGAAAUUUGUUUUGCACCUACAACUUUGAAAUCAUCUUUCUUGUACCAUUGAUGAAUCAGUUAUAUGUGCAUGUUUCCUUGUUCCGAGUUUUUAGGGUGGCUAUAAAAUGAAAUGCAUAAGUUGUAACCGUAAUAAGAAUUAUCAGAGUAUCGAAAUUAAUGAAGUUACCUGUUGUAAAGCAAGA